AUGCCAUCAUCUCCCGAACGACGCCGACAGGCACGCAUUAACCGUCGUACAAAGCCUCCACGGCCUCCGAACGCAUUCUUUCUAUUUCGCAAUGAAGUUCGGAUGCAGGAAGCUUCCCUGAAUCAGCAACAAGUAUCAAAAAUAGCAGCUGAAAGAUGGCGGCUACUGCCUGAUUGUGAAAAAAAGCGUUAUGCCCGCUUAGCAGAAGCAGAGGCAAUUCGUCAGAACGUGACAUCUUCGUAUCAUCACAACACGUUCAACAUCCAAGAAGACAAUCCAAACGCGGUAUUCGAGAUUGUCUAUCCUUAUGGAGUUGAAACUGAGAUUUUCAUAAAUCAAAACAAUCAAACCUCUGCUUCGUUCAGUCAAACAACAUAA